AUGGCAGAGAGGAGACCGAUGCCCCAGGAUGAUGACGAAGGAUCUUUGCUUUCCAAACUGGGGACCGACAGUCCAAAGCCCAGAGUCAAGUUCGGUGGAAUGUUCUGUAACGUGGAGGGCGCCUACGAGAACAAAACAUUAAAUUUCGAGUCGUUCAGCCCAAACACCCAGAGACGGCAUGUCAGGACUCGCCAGGAGGACAGGUGCCACUCGGACACUUUCAGUGACACCAGCAGCGUGAGCAACUUCUCGUCAGUCAGUGAGAAACCGAGUCGAGCAUCCCGGUUCGACGCCGUCUCGUGUUCCCGGGGCCAAACCAUCGUUUAUCCCACUGGACACAACCGCACCCACAAUGGCAAGCGAGAGAAUGAUCGCCUCAUCAUCAAAGGAGGCAAGAUCGUCAACGACGACCAGUCCUUCUACGCCGACAUCUACGUGGAGGACGGUGUCAUCAAGCAGAUAGGAGAGAACCUGAUUGUUCCAGGGGGCGUGAAGACGGUUGAUGCCUACGGACACAUCGUCAUCCCGGGGGGCAUCGACGCCAACACCCGACUGCAGGCUCCACACCUGGGCAUGAGCCCCGCGGACGACUUCUACCACGGCACCAAGGCAGCGCUGGCCGGAGGCACCACCAUGAUCCUUGAUCACGUGCAGCCUGAGCCAGGCUCCAGCCUGCUGGUGGCCUACGAACAGUGGAGGGAUAUCGCUGACAAGAGGUCGUGCUGCGACUACUCCCUGCACAUGGAUAUCACACGCUGGCACGAGGGGAUGUUUGAAGAGUUGGAGAGUUUGGUCAAGGACCAAGGCGUCAAUUCCUUCCUGGUCUUCAUGACGUACAAGGACAAAUACCAGAGCUCCGACUCCCAGAUGUAUGAGAUGUUCAGCAUCAUGCGUGAUCUUGGUGCCAUCGCUCAGGUCCACGCGGAGAACGGCGACAUCGUUGAUGAGGAGCAAAAGAAACUUCUGGAACUGGGUAUUACUGGGCCCGAGGGACACUCUCUGUCUCACCCAGAAGAGGUGGAGACAGAGGCUGUGUAUCGUGCCAUCACCAUUGCCAAGCAGGCCAACUGCCCUCUCUACGUCACCAAGGUGAUGAGCAAGAGUGCUGCUGAUGUCAUCGCCAAGGCUAGGAAGAAGGGAAUGGUUGUCUACGGGGAGCCAAUCACAGCCAGUCUUGCAACAGACGGUUCUCACUAUUGGUCUAAGAACUGGGCCAAAGCUGCUGCCUUUGUUAUGUCCCCGCCCCUCAGUACUGACCCCAGCACCCCAGAAUACCUCAAUUCCCUCCUUUCCUGCGGCGACCUCCAGGUGACGGCGAGCGCCCACAGCACCUUCUCCACGGCCCAGAAGGCCGUAGGCAAGGACAACUUCACCCUCAUCCCAGAGGGAACCAACGGCAUCGAGGAGAGACUGUCUGUGGUCUGGGACAAGGCUGUGGCAACAGGUAAAAUGGAUGAGAACGAGUUUGUGGCAGUGACCAGCACCAACGCCGCCAAGCUCUUCAACCUGUACCCCCGGAAGGGACGCAUUGCUGUGGGCUCUGAUGCCGACAUCGUCAUCUGGAACACCAAGGAGACCAGGACCUUCUCUGCCACCACCCACAACCUGACGGUGGAGAUGAAUAUCUUUGAGGGAAUGGAGUGUCGGGGGGUGCCCGUGGUUGUCAUCAGUGGGGGCCGGAUUGUUCUGGAAGGUGGAAAGCUGAACGUCACUGAGGGCUAUGGACGCUUCGUCCCCAGCAAGGCCUUCCCCGACUACGUUUACAAGAGGAUCAAAGCCCGUAGCAAGAUGGCUGAUGCCCGCGGUGUUCCCCGCGGUAACUAUGAUGGCCCGGUCCACGAUGUCAUCAGCAUGACCAAGUCGGUGCCGCCCACCCCCACCACCAGGGGGCCCCAGGUCCCAGGGAAGGUCCCCGCUGGCCCCAACAGGAACCUGCACCAGUCAGGGUUCACUCUGUCUGGAACUCAGAUAGACGACCACAUCCCACGGCGCUCCACCCAGCGCAUCGUAGCUCCCCCUGGUGGCCGGUCUAACAUCACGUCCCUGUCGUGAGUGGUGAACAUGAGGGAGGCGAAGCAGAAACAGCCCUUCAUGCUUCCUGAACCGUCCUCAAAGAAAUGCAAAAAAUCCCAGUUACCCUCUAAAACUGUACAUUCCAACAGGUUAAAAAAAUUAAAAAAUAAAUACAGAUAUGGUACUUUUCCGUCAAGUGAUGGAAACAUUACUAUGACAACACCUACACCUAUUGUACGCAGAACCCAAGUCCAACCAGAUCUCAUUGCAAAACAAUAGAUCCAUCCACUAGAUCCAUUAAGUCCAUCAUAAGACCAUUCAGCACCUAUAGUAGAUCUCCAUAGAGCUGUUCGACCUCCAUAAAACUGCUUGAUGUGCAUUGCAUGCAGCUUCAACCUCCAGAGUCCCCUCGUCCUCUGGUCAUCUUGUGUCCAGCUUCAGUGACCUGGUGGUGACGAUGAGCAGGAGAUAGGACGGUCGCCUUUAAGACCUCUGAAUGCCUCUCACACUGUAGUAGUACUGCUUCCUGACUCUCUCCCUCUCUCUCUCUAUCCUCUUCUGUUCUCUUCUCUCUCUGUCUCUCUUUCACUUUCUCUCUCAAUCUGUCUCUCCCUCACUUUCUCUCUCACUUUCUCUCCCACUUUCCCAUUCUUCUGGCACUUAGGCUGCGCCUCCUCUUCUGCCUCCCCUCCAUGAAUGUUCUCAUUAGGUAGUACGAAGAACAACCAUACUUGAUAACCUCAUGCUUAAAGGACUUAUGUCAUUGCCACAUGUGUAUGUACCAUCCUGUUACCAUAGAAACGUUAACCCGGAGAGAGACAGAGGCGUCAUAUGCUAGUGCCGUAACCUUGCCGUUGUCGUGUCAGUCAGAAGAAGAGUUUCAUCAAUGCUCCAACAUGUCUGUAGAAAAUACUAGAGAGGCUUAAACAGUGUUCUGGUCUUAGUCCUGAUCCUGGGCCUUGACCCUAAUCCUAGUUCUUAGUCCGAGUCAUCGGCUUUUUCCCCACACUGUGUGUCUUAAACACCCAAUCUCUGGUGCUCAGAACCCUCACGUUCUAUCCAACCCCACCCCCUCUACCUAGUAACCACAGUGGACCACAGUGGUUCUAACACUUUUUUUAACAAGCUGUUUGUCUAGUUUGUAAGGAUAUCAUUUGAUAACAUUUUCAUGUUUGUACUUUGUACUUUUACCGGUUCAGAAAACGGCCAUUAUUUUGUAGCCCAGAAACCAACAGCAUUAGUAGUGUACAGUUCUCCUGCAGUGUUGUUAGUGGAACCCUGUUUGAGUGUGUCUAUAGUUAUCACCUGAGGCAAAAUGGUCCAGUAACAGUCUUUUUCUAUUGUCUCAGUGUAACAUUGUAAAUAUUUAAUUGUGUCCCGAAAGCAUCAUGAAGAGCAUGUCCUGAAUAAAG